CCAGCUACCACCACCAACUUCCACCAACCUCCACUCCUUCAGCACCAAAACCCCCCUCCCAAAAACCCCAAAGUCUCACCAUGGCCUUCCUCCGAGCUGCCGUUGUCCUCGCCCUCGUCGCCGUCGCCGUCGCCUCCGAAGCCGCCCCCAACGCACUGAAGGAAGAGCAGCGCACCAUCUUCAUCGACGGAGGCUCCACCGACAGCUUUGGCAUCACCGACGUCUUCCUCUACAUCGGCACCUUCACCCUCGCCAUCCUCACCGCCCUGGCCAUCAUCGGUCUCAUCUACGGCACCCAGGAGUCCGGCUCCACUGGAUACGAGGCACCUGCCACCGGAUCCUACACCAGCUACGACCACGCUUACCAAGUCGCCAGGGCUCUCUACGACGGCUACAAGAAAUACGAAGAGGCCAGAUCCGCCAACUAAAAAAAUGAAGCCGAUGGACACGACCGCAUGAAAGAGAACCGGAAGCGACUGCCUGCGAGAAUCCGUGUGAAUCCUGUUACGAGAACCCUGUCCGCGUGAAUCCGCUUGCAAGAACGUCAUUUCCCUGUGAAUCCGCUUGCAAGUGUUUAGUUCCUGUGAAUCGUUAUGAAUCUGCUUCUACGAGAAAGCCGUGUUACCCUAAGAUGCCAUAUAAUAACCUUUGGGUUAUUUAUGUAGUACUUGUUGUUCUAUUUAUUUUAUUUAAAUAG